CGAAACGAAAACGAGGCUGGUGAGCUGAGAAAGGUAGGAGUUCUUAUCGAUACGACCGAAUAAUAAUCCACUAAAUUCGCCAAUCAUCCGUGAAUCAAUUUAUUCUUUUUGUCAUCGACGCUUCAAACAACACUUUCAUCAAUGAUAAUCGAUUAUAAUUUUAUUGAUUUAAUGCUGCUUUGUGCACAUAAUCCCCCGUCAAAAACUGGAUGGUGCUCCCGAUUACUAUAAUGGCUGAAUUUGUGGACGAGACCGUUCUUCCCGCCCCAGCCGCCCUUAGGAGCUGCCGAGGGAGAUAUGGAAAAUUCGUCUUUCCUGCCUAACCCAUUGACAUCACCGGCUUUGAUGGUAUUGGCCUCUACCGCUGCAGACUCGAAUCGUGAAAAUCAUCGCCUACAAGGAAGUCACCAGUUUUCACCUCAGAGUGGUGACAAGGACCUUCCUGUACCCUUUUCUUCGUCCUAUCCUAUGUUCAGGCAGGGGGACCAUUUCCCGCCCCUGUAUGCGCCAAUGCACAUGCCUUUCGUACAGCCUGCCGUUGGUCCCAUUGGACGAAGUGGCAGUGGGGCAUUCCGCCCGCUCCCACAGGGCGAUGACCGUGAGAGAGACUAUCACCACUCGGCAUUCAUCCCAACGAAACGAUCCAAACACGAAGAUUCAUUUGAGCUGAGGACGUCGCCAGAAUCCAAAGAGAAUGGGGACCAUCGGUUGGACUCUCCUGGAACUAAAGAUGGCCAUUUGACGCCUAAUUCUAUAACUUAUGAACUAAGUUCAGAGACUUUCUCAGAAAGUGGCGAGUCGCAGGAUAGAUCAACACCAGAUGCUGAGGGCAGAAAUCUUAGACGACAAAGAAAGCGUACAUUAGAUGGCCAGUUCCCCUGUUGUCCGGUGUGUGGCAUUACACUCCGAGUUGGAGAGAUCGAGAGUCAUUUUGCCGCCGAGUUAGAAAAACUUGACAAAAUAUCUAAGAAUGGUAAAAGGGCGCCAUCACGUGAGACGACACCCCAGGGUAGGAAGUUCCUUCCAAGUCCAUCAUGCUCAAGUGGAAUGCGUCGAGGAAAAGACUCUCCUGGCCUUGAUGGAGCAUCACAGUCCAGACUUGAGACGUACCUUCGAGUGAAGUCUAAUCGCCAAGGAAGGUUGAGUGCUAAGACCCGUGGUAAGAAGAAGCGAUGCCAGGAGGAGACAGUCUGUCCAGUCUGCACUGAGAAGGUCUUUGGGACUCCGGAGGAGCUCAACGAACAUGUCGAACAUUGUCUCAAACGUAUGCAGCAGGAGCAUGAAGAUGCUGAGGUUGAUGUGGAGGGCAACUAUGAGGAGUACACAUGGGCCGGGCAGACGAGGAUACGAGCUACCACCAUGCUGGAAGGGGGAUUUAAAGGCUCUGGUUUCAAGACUGCCAGCAAAAGAGAAGAAGAUGAAGAUGUAAAUUUAGACGUUGACGGUGAUGAUGCAGAUGUUUAUGGAAAACCACAAUAUAGUGAAAAAGACAUCAUACCAUGCAACAUGGAUGACCCAACAGAACAAAAGGAAUUGCAGGCAUUGAGGGGAGCCUAUCUGAAGACUGAAAUGAAUUCGAGCUCUACUUCAUCACCUUCAGAAAGGAAUCGAUGGUCGAUGGAAGAUACAUGUAACGAAGGAGAUGGUCAUUCAUCUCAGAAUACUGAAUCUGGGAAAGAGUACGAUAAUAUUGAAGGAUCAAGAACUGAAAUCAUUGAGUCAUUACGCAUCAAAAUCAAGACUCAGACAAAGGCCGGGCUGAAGGGUGAUAAACACAAGUGUUUGAUUUGCAUGGAACCAUAUACUGUCCCUUUAACAUCAACCCAGUGUUGGCAUGUACAUUGUGAAGAAUGUUGGCUCAGGACCCUGGGGGCCAAGAAGUUGUGUCCUCAGUGUAACACGAUAACAUCCCCAGCUGAUCUGCGCAGGAUCUACUUUUGAAGCCAUCAUGUUUGGUGAAGUACGUCCUGGACUCCUCACUUUGGAGAGCUGUGAUGUUGCAGCUUGACGCAUAGGACACCUUGACUUCUUCGUCUUAAUGCAGUCAAAAUAAACUGCAUGAAAAGGAAAGGUAGAAGGCCUGCCACGAUCAGGUUAAACUGAGCAAAACUGGUGGUUGCUAUCUGGUUGUUGCUCUGAAAAUGUUGCGCGUCUCAGGCAUGAUGACACCGACAAUUACCAGCCGAGUUUGGUAAAUUUUCAAACAGUGAAAUAUAUAAACAUACCGCCGUAUGUUACGAUGCAAAUCUAUGUACAAUCAUGUUCAAAAGUUUAUGGACACCAGUUUUUGCACAUUUUCUCAAAAACGGCUAAUCCUAUUGAACCCAAAUUUUCACCAAUGGUGGAGAAUCUUCUUGGCUAUCGAAUGACGUGAUAGUUGAUAUCAGGACCAAUUGCAUAACAAAGUUAUUACAUAAUUUUGAGAGGGAUCUUUUUUUUACUUUUUUGUUAAUCAAUUUUUCAAAACCAAAUUAACCUACAGUAUAUAUUGCACAUAGCUAAGACUUUCUGUGAAAAAAAUUUGGAUAAAUCUCAUUUCGGUUUUGAGAUAUAUCGAAAUAUCAAAAUUUUGAUAUUUUGAUAAUUUGAUAUUUUUGGGUUUUUUGCAACUGUAUCAUUGAGAAGUCAUACCCAAAUAAUGAUUGGCACCAAUUUAGCACAGCUAGCAACUAAUAUUGCUGAGAAAAGGUGGAUACUUGGUAGUAUGAAAAUUUUCAUAUUAUAAUUUCAAGAUGUUCCUUUAGUUGAAAAUCAGAAAAAAAUCACCAUUCAUUCAGGGGACAUGGAUACUACUAGGAUAUAUCGAAAAAUCAGAAAAAUCUCAAAAUUUUCAGAAUCUCAAAAUUUUGAUAUUUUGAUAUAUCAUGAAAAGUAAAUGAUAUUUUCAAAUACUUUCUUCACAGAAAGUCUUAGCAUUGUUAUCUGUAUGAUGCAAGAUUUAUACUUCGAUUUAAAAAAAAUCAACCAAAAAGUGAAAAAUAGAUGCCUCUCAAAAUUAUGUAAUAACUUUGUUAUGCAAUUGGUCCUGAUAUCAACUAUCACGUCAUUCGAUAGCCAGGAAGAUUCUCCACCAUUGGUGAAUAUUUGGGUUCAAUAGGAUUAGCCGUUUUUGAGAAAAUGUGCAAAAACUGGUGUCCAUAAACUUUCCGACAAGGGUGUACGUGUACAUGUACGUAUUAUUUACUGAAAAUGGAUACUGUACACACCUGGUGUUAGAAAAUGGCACUAGAUAUAGUGCACGUUUUAAGAUGUAUAUCUCUAGCGUCACAAACUCUGUAAACUGCAGUUGUGCCAACUCGGCAUUCUCUGAAGAAUCCCCUAGAGCUAUUUUUCAUUCUAAUUUAUGUAGCAUUUAGCUCUUGUGACUGCAAUUGCAUGUGUAAAUUGCAAGCUUUAGGCCACAUUAAAAAAAUCUUUAGUUUCGCAUCAGCGCCCGCCUAGUUUUUAGCAUUAUACUUAGUAUCCAUGUGUUUCAAUGUAGAGCUUCCAGUGCAUUGUACAAGACUCGUAGAGAAUGUCAAUUUCAUUAUUUUUUUACGAUUUAAAUAAACAGUUUUGAAUAUUUAAUAGUUUGUUGAUCAUCUAUUAUCAAAUAGAUGAUGUUGGCCAUUUGGUGUCCACUGCGCCUGCAUGACCGCAACUGAAUGAAGAGAUCAUUCAGGGACUGUCUGACAGCUGUGAUUGUUGACCCGACGUCAUGACAUCAUGAUGACAUCAUGGCAUCCUUGUGACGUCAUCAGCGACAUCAUAGCCUGAGCCUGCAUGCUCUGUUGCUCAUGGCAACAAGAGAGGACCAAAAUGAAGGAUUUUUGCUACUGGGCACCGUGCACUGAUGGUAUGAAGCAACCAUGUGUGCCUGAUAGGUCAUGAAGGUGCAGGUUUCGUCAAGAGAGACUCAUCAGAUGCGUGUGGCGACAAAGAAAUACAGUUGGAUAUACAGAGGUAUCCUGAUAGCGGGACCGCAAGGAGUCAAUUUCUCCCCUUGAUUGACCUAGAGUAGAUCUUGGUCAGUUCAUCCAGGCAGUAUCAAAUAUUAUCAAAUAGGGCCAUUUUCUAAAGGAUAUAGUUAAUUAGAAGAUGGUCCCACUACAAUGUUAAAAAAAUUUAAAGAAAAAAAACCCCCUCCUCACUUUUCAGAAGUGCAACUGAUGCUAAACUAACUUUCUUUUAUGUGGCCUUUUGAAAAGUUGGGCUUUUCUACGACCAACUGGUCAACGUUGGUAUUUUAACCCUUUCACUGCAGGCAUAAUUUUAUGCUUGUCUCAUGCUGUACUGGCACAAUAUUUGAUUUCUGAUAUUUCUUGCUUGCCCCUUAUAAACCUUGUUGGUGAAAGAUUUAAAGAUGCUGUAAAAAAAAUAUUAAUAGAAUCUCUUCUGUAUCACAACCUGCACUCAUUUGUGUUUUUAAACACAAUCAAAGUCUAACUGAAACUCAAGAAAUAACAUGAAAUCCAGAGUAGAGAACAUCACAAGACCAACUAAAAGGUAACAUAGACUCUGAUUCUCAUGUGUCUUCAAACUCACUUUUCUCUCUCAAAAAAAAUUAGAACUGCACUUUAAUUGAUAAAUUUCUUCAUUCCCUACCAUUCCAUCUAUUAAAAUUAGUUUUAAACACAAGGACAACGAUUUAGGUCAGUCAUCUGCCCAAAACCACUGGGGUUAUAGUUGGCCAACAGUGGCAGAAGGCCUUGUUUAACCAUAGUUGAAGUUGGCAAUAAAGGGGUAGCCCUACUCCCAUUUAAACUUCACUUUUAUGGUGGCUGCAGGUCAUUGCAAAACCUGUGUACCAUUUGAGGACAGCUAAUUUCUGCCUGAACUGUAUUUUGACCACUGUGUCCAUGUACAGUGGAACCUCUGUUAGCGGACACCUCUCUAUUAAGGACACUAGUUUUGGUCCCAAAUUGGUUGUUUCCAUUCAAUUUGAUCUCUCUAAUCAGGACACCUCUCUAUUAAGGAGAGCACUUGUCACUCCCGAGGGUGUCCUUAAUAGAGAGGUUCUACUGUAUAUUGAUUGUUGUUUAUCACGGCUGUCACACGGUCACCAUCUUCAUGGUUCAGAACGACUAAAAUUUUUCUCAGCCCAGCGAGGAAAGGGGGAGAGUUUCUUGUAUCUUAGAAAUUUCUAUUCUGUUGAUUGAUGAUUUGAGAUCAACAAACGACACUGGGAGAACUUGGUCAACAUCACAUUAAUGUAUAAAUUUUCCGUAAUGUUGAAAUUCCUGUUUCCUGUUGUUAUUUUCAAACAUUUGGGAGUUGAAUUUAUACAACGAUACAUGUACAUGUACAUCUUCAGUUAGGGACUGGUAUGAUGAAUUAAGUAUUGUGUCAUUGUCAAUAUAGAAAUAAACCGCACUGUAUAUUUGAA